CAAUUGUGUUUACACCCUCUACGUUCGUUGAUCUACAACUUGACGAGCGUUUCGUAUCCACGGCUACCAAGAUGACUUUUGCCCCGAUUUUACAUGGAAUAUCCCUAAAAUGAUGAACUGACGUGCUUUUAAAAUGUCUCUCGAGAGUUUCCAAGCGUCUCUUGUCCUCGGGAUAGCAGGUAAUGCACUUGGUAGUAAAAACGAAAAAUUCGGAACUGGCAAAUCGAGCGAUGAAAAGCAGAAAAUUAUCGCGGGGCUCGGGGGACUCCGGGCGAUCACGGUGGCUCCUCCCGCCUGGCCCGUCCCGGAGGAAGGGGUGUUUGCGGUCUUUACAAUUGAAGCAUUAGCGACGGGGAAGACUGGCGAGGAAUUGGUACGCGAUGUCGCUAUGCGUUACGCGGAUUGUAUGGCUACUGAUAUGACCAAUAAACCAAUAAGUACUUACCUCUUGAAUAAAGUCUCUCGUCUCCAACCGAGCGAUAUAGAUUAUGGCAUAUUUCAGGACUACGACGACCAUGCAACUCACAGUUCGGCAGCCAUUCGAUGCUUCAGUGUGGGUCUUCGAUUUCACAAAGCGAAACAUGUUCGGGAUCUCAUCGCCGCUGCUGUGGACAUCAGCCGAAUACUGCACCAUCAUCCAGUAGCGUACAUGGGAGGAGUGACCGCUGCGUUAUUCACAUCCUAUGCCAUUCAGAAGAGGGAAUUAAGAGAAUGGGGCGCUGGUUUAAUGGCGACUAUUCCGAUGGUCCUAGAGUAUGUGGCGUCCAGUGGCAAAGUUGUCAUCCAAAAUGGAUCCAUCUAUUCUAUGUCAACGUAUCAGAUUUUUGAGGAAACAUGGAAAGAGUAUUUGAGGAGGAGAGAUAUUAUUGACGGUGAGAGGAAGCCAAAGUUUCCAAGGAGGUACGACAUGAAGAAGAGGAAUGAAUUCUACCAGAGUCUUGCUCUUCCUGAUAAGGAGCUGGGCGCGACUGGACUCGAUGCAACUCUUAUAGCUUAUGACGCCUUGCUUUCGUCGGGGAGUAGCUGGGAGGAUCUUUGUAACAACUCAAUGUUCCAUGCAGGCCAGGGUAAUGUGUCUGGCGCCCUCGCUGCUAGCUGGUGGGGCAUUCAACAUGGUUUCAGCUCUGUUCCGCCAGGCAAUUACAACUCUGUACACUUCAAGGAUCGCUUGAUGAUUGCGGCUACUAAGAUCUACGAUCUCAGCUGGUAGUGGCGUAUGCGGAUGUUUCUUGGCCCCUUUUCAUAAAAAUUGUACCAAUGACCGUAUUAACAGCUACUGUUUAAAGCUACUGAUAUCAUGCAUGAAUUGCCGAAAUUGAAAGAGUCAUUGAAGGUAUGUUUUAUGAAAUUUUAGGGUUAAGGGAAUUGUGCCAUCUCAUUGUUUGAUGAAAACACGUACCCUGAGAAAUUCAGAAUAAGAAGUAUGAGGUACAAGCUGGCAUUGUUAUCUCUCAGAAUUAGAGUACAAAUAUUGGCUAGUACAUUAAUUUCCAUGACAUUGCUAUGUUAAAGGUGCACGUUCCCAGGAUUCAAGAGGGCGCUGUUAUGACAGGACAAGGUAUGCUGCAGACUGCCCUACAUGUAGCCGCCCACUUUUUAAACCAAAUUUGUAACCCAAGAAUUUUUUUCAUUGAUAUCUUAGCAUUUAGUGAAAUAAUGCCUACCCCCCCCCCCCCCCCCCCCCCCGUGACAAGAAUAAAAAUACCCAGGGACUAUUUAAUGUAUUGUUAAUGUAAAAUAAUAAUUGUCAGAUUCAAUCUGAGAUUUAGGAGAUGAAAUGUGAUUAUUUUAAAUGUAAGAAAAGGAUGUAAACUAACAUUGUUUGCACUUCAUAUACCAGUCUUUCAUAAAGUUGCAGGUAACUUUUUUAUGCAGGAUUAUAAUACUGUUUGAAAAGUUCCUCUGUAUUAGGAAAAUCCUAAAUUGAUACAAGUACAUGUACAUUAUAAUAUACCUGUACAGAGGAGUUGUUUCAUAAUACUGCAUAAAGAAGUUAUCCACAACUCAUAGUCAGUUGUUAUUACUGAGCGCUAUAGUAUUUUUAUAUGUAAUCAUUUAAUGAGACAUACAUACAGGAGGGCACCAGGCCCCACUAGGAAAUCCAUUGGGUGAUACAAGACUGUACGUUUAAUAGCAACUUAUGAUCUCUCUUUUUUUUUCUUUUUUACUUCAUUUACACUUAUAUUUGUAGUUGUUAUGAUAUGUAUUUAUGUAUAUCCGAAGGAACUGUUGCUGGGCUAGCGACAAGAGCGUCUCUGGACGGUGUGUGCGCUUAAUAAGACAUCACUAAUACUAUUAUUAUUUUAUCCUUCAAAAUUACUGUAAUACUCUUAAAUUCUCCUUUAUUAAAUUAGAAAAAAGGGUAUCGAUUUACCAUAUUGUGUACAGGGCAUCUAUAGGAUAUAUACAGUAUAUUAAUUAGAAGUUUCAUUUUGCUCGGCUGUCCAAAUCUGCAUAUUAAAGUAAUUUGAGGUUAACCAUUCUGUAGAAAAAGGUAUUGCUACUGUACCUUUAUAACAAAGGUCUGUAGUAGAAUAUACAGGCUAAAGUUGCCUUUCAUUAGAGGCUUUGUACUGGUUUUCUAGCAUACCAUAUGACUGAAAUCUGCUGAAUAACAUGGGUUUUUGGUCAUUAUUCAGUAUUUAUUUCAUGUUAUUUAUAGUAUUCAGUUGUAAAUAUUUUAAUAUAAAUUACAUGUAUAUGAGCGAUUAGCUUUGUGUAGGACGAUUUGCACAACUCUAUUUAAUUUAAAAAGCCAUUUUUUCAGUCAACAUACAAUCACUUUAUUUAUUACAAUUUAUAGGGGGGAUGGAGUGAACUGUGUGUUGUCUCUCAUUGACUGUGUGUUAUGAAUUGCUAAACUAUAUAUCCUCUCCCCUUGAGAUAACAAGUAAUAAAAGAGGAAAAAUUAGCAUAUAAUUUUAUUUGUGGUUGGGGUUAAAAUGUUUUGGAGAGGAAAAGUUUUGCUUCUAAUUGAAAACAUAAUUAUUUUGGUAUGGAUACGAGUAGUGAAUUGGUGUGUACCAUUCAAUUUGGUUUACAUCACAAGACUAUACUGCCCAGAAUGUUGCAUUAUGGGUAAUAAACCUGGCCAGAUAUGAUUAGUUUAGGACUUGAGGUGGGGCUAUAAAGGCUGCCGGUUUUUUUGCCCUUUAAAUACAAUUACAAAAGAUUGGAGUAUAUACAACAGGAUCAGUUAUAAACAAGGAAGGAAAAAAAAUUCUACAAAUAUUUAUGUUACAAGUUUAAUAUUUGAGUUGGACAUCCCAUUAUUCAGAGAGUACCUUACCCUCUCAUGUGAUGGUAAAAGUAAAACAAUCACACAAAAAUUACCAGUACAACCUACAAUGUAGCUUUAUCUGCAAUAUUUAGACAAGAGGUUAAAACACAGCAUACUUUUAAGAGGUUUUUUUCAUGAAUAGAUAAAGGUUAUAUUUAUAUUGUAUUUUAUAUUUACACUACAGCAUUUACAUUUAAAAUUAAAUCUAGAUUUUAUUUUGUCAGAGCACAAAGAUUUAUAAAGUCCGAGCACAAAACUUUAAUAAUAAAAGGAGUUUACUGGUUGUCUAUUUAUGUUAGUAAUUUUCUUGCGCUUACAUUUCUAUCGAAAAUGAUUAUAGAACUGUGAUUCUUUGUGGAUUUGCAGUGUCUUUAUAUCAAUUUGACAUUAUUCAUGAGUAGAGAAAUGGAAUUUAUCAUUUCCUUUCAUGAGAUAUGUGUCAUUUAGUCUAGGUACCUAUUUAUUGUGUGUCGUUCUCUUUAUUUGAGUAGUAUGAGGAUUAAAUUUUACCAAAAUGAAAUCAUUAAAGUAGAGAGAAUAUAAUUGUAAUAAUGUAUCAUUGGAUCUUUAAAAGAUGAAAAAUGUGCACCUAUUUAAUUGCAGUUUUCUUACAUUUCAGCAAUAUUAUGAUUAUGAAUUAUCUAAUUACAAGUUAUCCAAAGCAAUCAUUUAUUCACUAUCCAAUACAGUAUGUAUGUAUGUUGUAGCAAUAAAUGCAAUAUAUUGUCAUUAUUUACUA